UCUUUCUAUCUGUAUCUGUCUAUGUCGUCUCUCUUCUUCCAUCUCGCUGCGCUUGAGAACUGAGUGAGUGAGGCGUUUGUUGCGUGGCGCUCUUAUUCCAUUUGUAAUUGCCGUGCCAUCGCCAGGCGCCCGCCUCUCCUAGUCCUCCGCCCUGUCGUGGACUCGAGGCUCUCUGGACCAUUCGCAAUUGCUCGAGAGUGUGUGAAAAAACGUGGUGUGGAUCCGCGUCCAUCGAAUACUCUGCUAAAUGAUUUCCCUUGUUGUCGGUCCGCAGUGUUAGACUUUAUACCGAUUCGGGGCCGCGAAGCGAGUGAAUGUGUAGUGAAUUUAGCGUCUCGGGAAUGUCGUAGGACUCUUGCUUGGGUGAUGAACAUGAAGGGAGGAACGAGUUCUGCUCUUUUUUUUUUUUUUUUUUUUUUUUUGCGGAUUGGGUUGUGAUGGUGUAGUGAGAAGCAAUAGUUAAGGUUCGGGGAGUGGUUUAGAUGAGGUAUUUAGCUCGCCACAAUUCUGAUUCGGAAAUUUGCGCCGCAUUGUCUUACAUUGAGGAAUUUGGAGGUUCUAAUGAGUGUGUUUGAUUUCGGGAUUUUAGAAGUCUAGGAAAAUGCAAGCAUGAGGGAGGAAGUGCUGAAAAGAUCAUGAGCGAUUUUUAGGGCUCGAGGUGGAAUGUGGGAAUCCUCAGUUGCGACGGGCAGGUUUGAGGGGAGGAGAUGCCCUGUUGGUGAAACUAGAUGCUAGGCUGGGCAAAAUUGUCGCUCAGUGGUGAAACUAUCUCAAAGUACAGACAAUCAACUGUACAGAAUGGAUUUCCAUGUGUUCCUUGUGCGGCUGGGUCCCAAAGGACGCGGAGGCAAUCGGCUGUUGCGAAUACACGAUCAUGGCAUUUCUCUGGUGCCUUUACUUGCCAGCAAUCCUGUGGCAGCUGAAUACAGCUUCGAGCACAUUGCUAAAGUCACUGCCUCUAGUGAUGAUCCGACAGAGCUCUCGAUGGAAAUUCUAGACACGGCGAAGCAAAGCUAUGGGUAUGAAUCGGUCCGCUUGCAUUCCGACUCUAGAUCUGCUCUUCUUACUGUCCUAUUCAAUCGGAUCGACGAAGUCAAUGGGAUUGGUACUGAUUUUACUCUUAAGAAACACAGUAAUCAGAGAGGUGGCCUAGUUGACACAGUUUUACGUGUUCGGAGUGCCUCCCUAACGAAGAUGGUCAAUAUUGGCAACCGACAAGAGAGACGCCUGAUGAAAGGGGCCAAAAGAGUGAACUUCAGAGAUAUCGUUAAGCUGGAAACUCUGAUUGACGAUGAACACAUUGUGUUGGUGUACCUUGCCUCCCGUGUCAUGCGGCUUUCUCUCAAGGAUUCCUUGCCCUUUUUACUUGCUGUUCAACGUAAUAUGAAGUCAAAUUUAAAAUUGGAUGUUGAGAUCCAGAAGAUACCGAGUUCUGCAAUGAUUGAAAAUGUUGCGUCAUACCUUAAAAAAGGGAAAAACUCAUCCAUCAUUUAUAAGUUUGAAGUCAAAAAGCGACAGGAGCUAACAAAACAGGAGCGGCAGAGAGUGCUUUGUAUUACUAAGGAUUUUUUUAUUGAAAAGUGGGGGGACCAUGUUAUAGGCAUACACAGUUUAAAGGAUAUACUAGGCCUAAUUGUCAGCGAGAAAGACGAUCGAGAAGUGACCGUGGAGUUUAGGUCUUGGAGGCCUACCCAGUACUUUCUUGAUAAUAGAGACGACUUUUUGGCCAGUAUAGCUGACUUGAUGGGUAUGGGAAAGGGUACUGAGUUUUGCAUCCGGCUUGAGCCAUAUUUUCCCCAUGUUCUUCCCGAUAAGAUACCUGCAUUUCAUCAGAAUGAAUGCGAGGCAUACUUCCUGAACCGUUUUAUUGGAACCUUCAACUCCAUUCGCGACCCUACGUCAUUGCAUCUUGCGUUGAAAGAAUAUGCCUGCAAUAUCCAUGUAGGAGAUUCACUAUGUAGUGAUUUUAAAGUUCUUCAAGCUGUUACGGACACCUUGAAAGACUGUGUAGGAGGUUUCGGUCAAGAUUACAUACUCGCUACCACUUGUUGCCUUGUCCUUCAGAGACUUCUGGCUUCUCGACCAUGUUUUGAGUCCGUCAAAAGCAUGCCUGAAGUUGUUGCUGUAUUAUUCCAGUGCAUGCGAUCAGAAAACAGUGUGCUUUCCUAUCUUGCUAUAGUAGCUGUACGAUCAGCUAUUAAAUUUGCUGCAGAUCUCAGCGUUGUAGAGAUUGGCUAUGCCUCAAAGCAAGAGUUUGCGAAUAGGAUUGCAAUCUUAAGUUCUGAUCAUCUUCAGCAGUUGGUGAAACUACUGCAGUUAUACGCUCUUGAAAAGAACAGUGCUUUGAAUAUUGUGGGGCUUUUGGACAUCUUGACAUUGGCUCUCACUUCACAACCUAUGGAAAUUGAAACAGGGCGGACGUGGAUUAAGGCAUAUGAGGCGUCAAUUGUGGCUGCAGCAGGUGUAUUGUGUGCAAUUUCCAGGUCUUCGAGUUUUGUCGUUUUCUACAGGAAUGCAGUGUUGUUAAAAGCACUCCUCACGAAGUCCUCGCAGCCAGUGUCCAGACAUCUGCAGAAAUACUGCCUUGGUCGGUGUGUGAUCCUCACGCACUUGAAGACUGCACUUUUCUCCAAACAGGAGCGUGUUCGGCUUUUGAGUGGACACCUGGUUUUCCUUUUGAUGGAGGGGAACCGUGAUGCAAGAAAAGUCUUGGAUGUCCUUCUUCCCAAGGGUGUUAUGCAGCUGUAUGCCACUAAAAUAGAAAAUUCGAAGCUGGUUAUAAAGGAUAAGACAAGUGGGAAUUUUUCACCGUGGAUGGAGACUUUAGAAGUACUGCGAAGUCAAACACUUGAAACACCAGUAUUAGUUUGGAAUGAUCUAAAGCGUCUCGAACUCAGAAAGUUUCUUCAAGAUGAGGUAGAUGGAUUUUACGAAGCGUACGAAAGUGAUCACAAAAUCUUUUACAAUACUGCAGAUGUUCAACUUGUUUACUCUACAGCUAGUGAGCGUGAAGGCUCUGUGAUUGGUGGUGUCCACCUGGAACUUCUUGUGGAUCUUCACCCUGCUGCUGAUUCUGCCAAUUACCCUUUUUGGAAGCUACAUCAGCCACUGGCUAUAUUUCAAUCAGUAUUUCAGGCUAUGGUACUUGGUUUCACUCCCCUUUUUGGUCACAACAACUUACCGGAGCUUGAUCUACGACUGGCUGUCCAUGUACUUACCUGGAUUUAUGAACGACAUGCUGAUGAAGUUGCCUUUUGUCUUGAAACAUUGAAUGUUGUCGAGACUGCUGUCGGAAUGCUCCGUGAGGUGGUGGAGAGUGAACAUCAGGUGUUUAUUUUCAAGCUGGUGGUGUUUUUACUAGUCACCGUGGAGAAGGGAGGACGGGAUAAUGUUCUUCGCUUCAUCCGCAGUGGAGGGGCAACUGUUGUAGUUCCCCUCAUCGUGUUAUCAUUGGCCAAGUGCUGUAAUGAUAAGCAUAAAUUUGAAUGCGAUGCAUGGUCUGCGCAAGAUGUUCUGUCUCGAGGUGCUGUCGAAACGCUGCGUUACGUGGGCGCUGACGGCGAGGUGAGACUCGUCAGGAUUCCCUCUGGGAGAGCUCAUGAGUUGUUGGAAAGAGCAUCACAAGAUGGCAGCAUGGAAGCAAAGGAAGCUAUUAAAUGGCAGGAUGAGAAGGUUCCAGAAAAAAUUCAAUUGGGUUUAGCACUGGACUUGUUGGAAGCCCUCUUAAGGACAUCUGGUAGUGAUAGUACCAUUGAGCAUUUCCCACCCUCAGCUGCAUCUUUCAAUUUUUCUAGAGAGGAGAUCUUUUGCCAUUUGGUGCAAUCCCUUUUGCUUGCGAAAAGUCCGAUAUUCAACAGGAUUCUAGAGGUUGUGACCACAUUGGUGCAUUCCAACAAAACUGCAAUGUCUCACCUUUACAAACUUGGUGCUUUUGAAAUUCUCCUCUGGAAACUUCUUUCUGGUGAUAUUGUUGAAUGGGACAAAACAAGGAUUGCCAAGUUCCUUUCUCAAUGCCAUUUACUUCAGGAUCUUUCGGAAUCUCCUAGCCGUAAAAGCGGUGAAAGAGAACACGGGACUUGGCGAGACAGUGUCUUACACUUGUACUUACCUGAAGGCUUGAUACUGAAGCUUAUGUCUGAGGGACCAGAAUCCUUUUCAGCGUAUCUUGAUUCAGAGCAGAAUGGGCCCGAGAUAGUAUGGAACUUGGAGAUGAGACAGCGCUUGCUAGAUCACCUCACUUCCGAGCUGGAGUCUUAUGUCAAAUUCCGUGCAACGGAUCCUUUGGCAUUAUACAUUCAUGUCCCGAAAGCUCCAUUAUCAUAUCCAGAGUUGGAAGAUUCGGUCUUCUCAGCGCCUUUCUACAUUCAGAAUUUGCUUGAUAACGAGAGAUCUCCAAACUACCAAGUUAAUGAUCCGAAUGGCUUUCUUAAUAGUCUCAUGCAGGAUUUAAGGAGGUCAACGAAGAUGUUGGCCGAUGUUGUCACGGAGACAUCUGCAGUUCGUAAGGAGUUGACGCGUACCCAUCUAUUGAUUCAUGCACUUGCACAUCUUGUUGAUCGUUUCCCUGAGCUGGUGUUACCGGGUGACAUUGAAUCCGUUCUUGUUACACUAGCCACGCCCUCCCUUAGGACUUGCCUGGCAGAGAAGGACGAAGCGCCCCUGGUUUCCACUGAGGUUUUGCAGCACUGUGUUCGUGUGCUGCGGAGAUACUGCUCUGCAGUUACGAGAGAUGAUGAAAUACCGCAAGCAUCUAUCAAUUUUGCGUUAAGCGUUUUAUCACUUGGAACGAGGUUAAACCUUGAUGGAUCCUUUCCGGAACCAAGCAGAAAUGCAAGUCUGGACUUGGCUGUUACAGGAGCCUUUUUCAUUCUCGAGAUAGCUUCUUCUUCCAGGGUUGGAAGACUCUGCCUUCGCGAGGACAAUAGAUGGCAGGAGGGAUUCCUCUUGGCUCUUUGCUCAGCUGCUGGAGAUGCCUUGGCUAACCCUCCUCGUGGUCCUGCACCAAAAUCAUUUGCAUCAUUGAGUUGUUUGAAGAACUUUGCCGGUGAUGAGGACUUGUAUGAGCUUGUUCUUAAGCAGGGUCUGUAUCUACCGCUAUUGUUAUUAGCUAUCCCACCUGCUGAAACCGCUCUUAAAGCUAGAGACACCAAGUCCGCUCUCCUUUAUUCAGCUGCCGAUGUCUUGGGGACUUUAAUUCGUAUCCUAAAACAGACAGGGGGAGCUCGCCCCAAUCCCAUCCAGCAACAACAACGGUCACUUAUGACCCAUCUCAUUCCAGGUCCAUUGCUUGCAUGCCUAGAGCAUACCGAGGGACCCGACAAGUUUAUGACGAUGGCUGAGACUGACUUAGAGCAACCGAUGAUUAUCUGGACAUCAAAAGUUAGGGAAGAGCUUCAUGAUCGUGUAAUGGAUCGUCUGCAGCAGCAUCAUAUAUUAUUGGCUACAGGGAGUGGUGAUGCUGGUAAUGAGCUAGAAUGGAUACAGUCAUUUCGAUACGAGUGUCUCAAGGAUGAGAUAAGUGUCGGUGGGGUGUUCGUGAAAGGUCUUGCAUCUGGUCAGUGGAAGACCUUUGGUUUGCCAGCAGGGCACGACUUCCUUGAUGAUGUACUAGAUUAUCUGGAUACAAACCAAUACGUACUUGGUGCAGAAUCACACUCGGGCCUAAGGAUCAGUGAAUAUGACAAGGUUACGCUCGAUGAAUAUCUAACAGUUCUGGCUUCACUUAAAGAGACUCUAAAAUAUGCUGUAAAAGUGGGCAGGGCAGAACUAAUUGCACGAUGCCGUCUACCCUUGCUCACAACAAUUGCAAUCAAAGGACACAGCUUGUGGCAUAUCCAGAUUGAAAUUGCUAGUAUUGUUAAAGUUCUGGCAGAGGAUGACUCUGGAAGAGAAGCUGUACUUCAAUCGAAGUUGAUGGCAUCACUGGCAGUCAAGCUUUGGGAGUGUGCAGCCAAUCCUGGUGACGACGGAAUGGAAGAGCUACUCAUGGUCAUUCUUCAAGCUCUUCGUACUCUCAGUGAAGGGCUUCCUGCUACAGUAUUGGCUACUAAUCAAUUUGCAUCUUCUGGAGUUCUUCUACCGCUCUUGGCGAUAUUUUGUGACGUUAAGCUACCAAAUUUGGAGGAUUUCAACUACACUGGUGGCUCUGGCUCAAUGUAUCUUUCAGAAGCAGGGCGCAUUGUAGCUGCGCAAACACUUGGACAGCUCCUUUUAGCUGGCAGUGGUGUUAGUCGUCGUUCUAAACUUCUCCAGGAUCUAUCUCAGCGCAAGUCUUUGGUUAGUAAGAGCACAAACAGUUCAGCACAUGGGUCUGCCAAUGGUCACUACAAUAAUGAGGAAGGUGUAGGCGAAGCCACUGAUAUGUACGAGUUGAUCAACAUUAUUGAAUCAAGUAAAAAGGACAGCAAAGGGGUACGACCAAUUGUCAUCCAGACGUUUCUGCUGCUGCUUCCUCUGGACCUUCUAUCGACUUUAGCGAGGGAUCCAGUAGAAGCCUGCCGGAAGUUUGAUGGUGCCUCUCAGACUCCACGUCUCGUGUGGGAUGAGGGGAAACGGGUACUCGUGAAGGAAACACUCAGUAAGGAGGCACGCAAGUUGCAAGGUGCUUUGCAACAACAGGAUUUGUCUCAUCUGCCAACCUGGUCUAUGGAAGAAGGGCAGGCAGUUUUUGUUCAGUGGAUACUGAUCACUAUUUUGUAUGGGGAUACAAAGGCAAUAUACCGCGAUAGCGAACAGGUUGGUUAUGCCCGCGAAAUGUAUCUGGGUGGGUUUUUUGUGGAUCAGUUUUUGAGGGACCCAGGGUUUGACUUCGGUAACAUUCUUGAGGCGCGAUUUCUUUGUGAAGUUCGAAAGGCUGUCAUCAUUGGAGCGUACGCCGACGUUUUCAAUUUUGAUGAUCGAAGGCGAUUACUACUCACUCUUCUACUUCUUUUCAAAGCUCGGCCUUAUCUCCUAACUGGCCAGUCGAACAUUGACAUCUUCCUCCCUGUUUAUGACUUUAUGAGCAACCCAAACGAGCGUCGAGCACUUGCUCAACCUGCUAUGUGCUUGAUUCAUGCUAUUUCCUAUGAUUCAGAUAUAGCCGAUUGUAUCGUCUCUGAAGAGUUGGUUGAGAAUCUGGUUUCUCUUUUGCAACUGAGGGUUCCGAAAUCCGCAGCUGGUCAUGCUGGAACUGAUCCUCGAAUAUGCAGCCUCAUGUUACUACUACGGUUGAUGAGGCUUAGUAGUGCUACUGUGGACGUUGCGUUAAGGCUGGGAACUGUUCCUAAAAUGGCAGACUUCAUCAUAGAUACCGAAGGUUCAGAUGGGGUUACACAACGUGCAAUUGAGUGUUUGGCGAUGAUGUGUGCAGACAAGCGCAAGGGUUCUGAAGUAAACAGGUUGCUAGAUAAAUUAGUACCUGAAAAUGCUAAGAAUUAUGGUGCAUGGAUCACACCUACUAGCCAUAUUAGAGAUGAGGUAGUUGAUUCCGAGACAGUGAAGCAUUUUUUAAAACACAAGUAUCCUUGUGAUUGGUGGACUCAAGAUUCUUUAGAAGGAAUAAACGACGAAGAUUCCGGAUUGGGACCAGUCUCAGUAGUCAAUGCUUCUGUGUCCUUCCCUAAGGCGACGAUGGUAGAUUUUAACGACGAAGCAGAUGGAGUUUUCAAACGUAGUGUUGCAAUUGGAGCUGAAGUGGAUACCAAAGACGUACAUAUUGUAGGGAAACGACCUGGUAGUGUAAUUUUGGACUUCGAGGUGUAUUUUCGACGGCUCGGCUCUGAAUUCAGCAAGAGAGGCCAACCUCGGAGGCCUGAUGUUGAUGCUCGGGUGUUCAAAGAGAAGCUCGAAUACGAUACCACCACCUUUUUUGGUGGUCGAUACUUCGGACGCAUGGGCCGUCCUAAUGUUCUGGCAGUUACUGUGAGGCAUCUCAAUCACACUGGGGAUGCUGUGGAUGAUGCUUUUGAUAAAGAUGUAUUUGGUCGUUUUGAAGACACAAGUAAUGAAAGGGAUAGAAUAUCCAAGCACACACUCCAAGAUUUGGAUAGAGAUGAUGAUCAUCAGACCAUCUUCGAGCACCAACCCACUGAUCUGGACGCGGAUGAAGUCGAGGUUGAAGUUUUGAAACGGAACCAGAAAAUGUCAGGUCUAGGCUUGUUUGCAGAUGAGCCUGGCUUUCGCGCUUCAGAACUUAGAAACUCUGUGGAGUCUCCCUCAAUGUCGCCUACUUCCGUGCUUACUCUAUCUUUGGAUGAUACCAAGGAGUCUAGUUCUAGUGGUACUCCAUCGACAAGGUUUGCACAAUCUAGUCCCUCGGGUUCUUCUAGUGCCAAUUCUGCUUCGAAAUCUCCUCCAUCAUCUAUUCCUGGUCUAACAGCCAGACCAUCUUUCAACUUCACCUCGAGAAUGGAUUCCCUUCCACCUACAUCACCCUCUGUUUCUAUCCCUCAGGGAGCGUCUCGCAUGUCUCUUCCACGCACUACCAGUAUGUCUUUCAACAGGACUGCGGUACCAGGUCUCAUCCGACCUCCCUCUCCUGGAAGGAUCCCUUCAAUGGGUCAACUCCCUCCGUCACCUUCCGCCCGUUCCCCCUCUUUGACGAAUAGGUCGCAGUCUCUAUCUAGCCCAACUUUUCAGGCUUCACUUUCGCCAUCUUCAACGAAGGAAUCUCCAGGGGCAGCAUCUCCUGUGACGAGGCCUCCGACGCAGUCCCAUGCACCAGUUUCAAUUCGAUCAUCGCCAGAUAGAUCUGUGUCUCCAAUUGCAGCUGCUGCAUCAGUUCCAAGUCGAUCACCACCGGAGAGGCCUGCACUUCCUGUAGCAGCAGCUAGUGCACCAGUUUCAACUCAAUCAGCACCAGAGAGAUUCACACUACCAGUAGCAGCUGCUGUACCAGUUCCAAUUCGAUCACCACCGGAGAGACCUGCUCUUCCAAUAGCAGCAGCUGGUGCACUGCUUCCAACUCAAUCAUCACCUGGUAGGUUUGCACUUCCGGAAGCAACUGUUGCACCAGUUCUAACUCAAUUAUCACCAGAGAGAUUCGCACUUCCAGUAGCAGCUAGUGCACCAGUUCCAAUUCGAUCAUCGUCAGAGAGAUAUGUGCCUCCAGCAGCGUCUUCUACUUCGGUUCCUCGCUCUGUUUCAAUGAGAGAAUCUCAGCCAAUACCCGUUGAUCCGGCUCUUCUUUCAAAGUUCAACAGGCAUAUAACGGUGAAGUUCGAGGAUGGAAGAACGGUCUCUUUGGGUGUAGCGCUAGCGCUGGUGUUAGAAGGAGCUAAUCUAACAACCACAAAAAGAGCCGUGGCUAUCAUUCAAUUCUAUAAUGCAUUUGAAGAGGAACAAGAAGAGUUGGGGAGAAUGAUAGAAAAAUUUCCAAAACUGGUGCAGAAGUUUGCUUUACAACCACACCUCUGUUAUGACCUGAUGUGUGUUUGGGAAGAAAACUGUUUGGAUCUGUUGCUGAAUGACGAAUUGGUCAAGUACGGGAAAGUAAUUUCAGCACUGGACAUCUGCUCGGUAGAGAAUAUUGACGAAGCUGUAGAAGAAGCGAAGAAAAAGUUUCAAGCUAUUCUUAAGAUUCGCAAGGAAAACCAAGCGAAAGAGUUGAAGGAGAAACCAAAGCCAGUAAAAGCAGAUGGUGGAGACGUCCUCAACGUUACAAGUGGGAAGAAGGUUCAAGAGGAGCUUAGACUACUUCCUAAAUUCAAGUUACAAUCAGGAAAGAAAAAGAAAGGGGCCUGGUCAUAACAUCAUCGUUCAUAGUUGUCAUUUGGUCAAGGUGAUGGGAAUGAACCUAGGAACUUUUCUUUUACUAGUUUAGUACAUGUUCAUUCAAUUCAAUGUGACAAACACUUAAGAUUCUUGCUUAGCAUUUGAUUAGGAUUCAUAGAGAGCUAUUAGCUUAUGCAGUCGCAAUUGUUAUACUGCCUGUACCUGUUGUGUAACCUACAAUGCAACCUUGUACUAGUCAUGAUAUUUUCUCAGGUCUAUUAUAUUUCUGAA